AGAAUGGAAGCCAAGAAUUCUUCUGUGACAGAGUUCAUCCUUGCCGGCUUAACAGACCAUCCAGGACUCCGGAUACCCCUCUUCUUCCUGUUUCUAGGUUUCUAUGUGGUCACCAUGGUGGGGAAUCUGGGUUUGAUCACUCUGAUAGGGUUGAACUCUCAUCUGCACACUCCCAUGUACUUCUUCCUCUUCAACCUUUCCUUAAUAGAUUUCUGUUACUCUUCUACCAUCACCCCAAAAAUGCUGAUGAGUUUUAUGUCAAAGAAGAACAUUAUCUUGCAUGUUGGGUGUAUGACUCAGCUCUUUUUCUUCUGCUUCUUUGUCAUCUCUGAGUCCUUCAUCCUGUCAGCAAUGGCAUAUGACCGCUGUGUUGCCAUCUGUAACCCUCUGGUGUACACAGUCACCAUGUCUCCCCAAGUGUGUUUACUCCUUUUGGUAGGUGUUUACUUGAUGGGAUUUGCUGGAGCCAUGGCCCACACAGGAAGCAUAAUGAGUCUGACCUUCUGCGCUGACAACCUUGUCAAUCAUUUCAUGUGUGACAUCCUUCCCCUCCUUGAACUCUCCUGCAACAGAACCUAUGUGAAUGAGCUGGUAGUCUUUAUUGUUGUGGCCAUUGACAUUGGAAUGCCUAUUGUCACCAUCUUCAUUUCUUAUGCUCUCAUUCUCUCUAACAUCCUUCAUAUUCACUCCACGGAGGGCAGAUCCAAAGCCUUCAGCACCUGCAGCUCCCACAUCAUUGUGGUUUCCCUUUUCUUUGGUUCUGGAGCCUUCAUGUAUCUCAAACCAUCUUCCAUUUUGCCCCUUGAUCAAGGAAAAGUGUCCUCCCUGUUUUAUACCAUUGUGGUGCCCAUGUUAAAUCCAUUAAUCUAUAGCUUCAGGAAUAAGGAUGUCAAAGUUGCCCUGAGGAAAACCUUGGACAAGAAAAUAUUUUCUUAAGAAAGUAGCAGUAUUUGGACAAGGAGUUAUAAC